UCUGGUUAUUUCAGAGACUGUCAGGUCUGGUUUGGCAGAGGUAAUGGCCGGAGUCAACCAGCAGGGGGAGUCUAGCGCUUGCGCUAGCUAUAGUGAAGAGCACCGGAACUUCCUCCUCAGUUAUUAAUAACCGUUGGAGCAGAAGCACUGUGUCCGGCUCUUUUAUUAAAUAACUCCCCUUCUUCAGGGCAUUUACAUUUGGAGGCACCGCUGGGAUCGUUGAUGGUGAGGCACUGAAAUUCUACACCAGAGAAGAACGCCCCAUAUCAACCAUCCCAUUAUCAAAACCCAGGUAGUGGAGAGUGUAGCUAAAACCACGUGACGCCCAACCAAGAAGACUGUGUAUUCUGAGGUGCAGAAAAGCUACUAGGAAAACAACAGUUCUGCGGUAACUGGCAAACACUAUUAUUCAGCACACUUCACCACCGACCUAAAAAAAAAAAAAAAAAUGGAGUCAGAAAUGGACAAUUUAAAGCUUGAGAUUAAAGGAGCCCUCUUCCAACUUACCAGUGACCAGCUGAUCGAAAUAUGUGAUUUCUUGGGAAUGUCAGGAACAAGCAAAGACAAUAUUGCAAAAAGUCGUAAUACUCUUGUUUCACUAAUCAGCAAGUAUGUUGAAAGUGACGAACUGAGACAAUUAGAGGAUGAAGGAAUGUCAGCUUUGCUGAGUCUAUUGGACAUGAUAAAAUCAGUGCAGACAGUUGUCAAAAACAGCACAGCAGAAAAAGAAAAUGAGGAAGAGGAGAAAUUAAGCAGAGAACUCGAACAACUAAAACUCAUAAUUCAACAGAAAGAAACUGAAAUGAAAAUGCUGGCAAAUAAAAAUACAAAGGACAUUCGAACCGUGGUUGCCCAGGCUUCCCCUGCCCAUGAAAACAACCCCCCAUGGAGAAAAGAAUUUAAGAUCUCAGGUCAAAUCGGUGACCCUGGACAAAAAGACAGGUUAACAUUUUCCAGUUUGGCCCGCCAAAUAGACAAUGGUCUUAGCAAAGGUUACCCUGAAUCAGAGAUAGUGGAAGCUGUCAUUAGGGCAAUAGUACCUGGCCUACAACUGCGCAGUUACUUAGAAGGAAAGAAUGACCUGUCCCUUCCCACUCUUAGGAGAAUCCUUCGUUCACAUUAUCAAGAGAGAAGCGCAACUGAGUUAUAUAAACAACUUACCACAGAAGUGCAGAGCAGCAGAGAGACAGCACAGAAUUUUGUGAUCAGAGCAAUGGACUUGCGCCAAAAAAUAUUGUUCGCUUCACAAGAGGCUGACUCUGGCCUCAAAUACGAUCCUGCAUUAGUGCAAAGCAUGUUCAUGCACACGGUUCUCACUGGCCUUCAGAGUGAUAACAUAAAGACUGAUCUCCAACCUCACUUGUCAAAAUCAAGUACUUCAGAUGAGCUGCUCCUGGAGGUUCUCAAUGUUGCCUCUGCUAAUGACAAAGAGAGACAGGAUAAGAAGAGGAACACAACACAAAGGUCCACCGGUGUGCACACAGUUCAGUCUAGUGAUACAAAUAAUGAAAGGAGACAUGGGGGACACCAAAAUGUUGCUGCAUUUCCCCCAGAUGUGCUGUCUGACCUGAAAGAAAUCAAAGCAGACAUGGUUUUGCUCAAAGAUCUCAAAACUGAAGUUGCAGAAAUCAGAGAAUCCAUCUACAAUAAAGAAGAUAAAACUAAAUUGCAGCCGGCUGUAUGUCGAGAAACAGAAUAUGGUUUUCCUCACCACAGGGCUUACGCUACUCCACAGCUUUCUCCCUGGACCACAGAGGGCGCAGCUGUUCAUCAUCAGAGAGGACCCCUGCAGGAGUAUCAAGGAACUUAUGCUCCGAGGUCAAUUAGAGAAACGACUCAAUUUCAACAGCGAUUUGCACCACAAAGAUACCCAGUGCCACGCCCCCGACCAAGGUGUCCUGCAUGUCAGCAGCAGGGAGAAAAUUUCUGCCAGCACUGCUACAGGUGUGGAAGCAUUGAACAUUUCCAGGCCGGAUGUAGAGGAUAUCAACACACGCCCUCCAGUGCAAGAGAACACCCUUUAAACGAAGGAAGGUUGCCCCCAAGGGACAGGGAGUAACCAUAUGCACCAAAACGUCCCAAAAAUGUGCCAAUUGUGGAGGAAUGGAAGAAUCCCAAACGUUUGGACAAUGUUCAGUGUGCAAAAGAGUACUUUACUGUUCCAAGGAGUGCCAGGAGAGUGAUUGGCCAGAACAUAAAGAGACCUGUAAGCCAUCCACGAACACUGAAACAACUUCUGAAAACAUACAACUAUGCACAACUAUGACAGGUAAAAAGAAAAACACACUAUCAAAGAAAGACUCUACAUUAGUUGACCUUGUUGGGAAGAAGUGUCUUGUUAGCUGCUAUCUACAGCAGAAGAAAACACAGGCGCUUUGGGAUACUGGUUCGCAGGUUUCUGCAGUUGAUGAAGUCUGGGCAGCGGAGAACAUCCCAGAUGUGAAACUUCGAGACAUAACAGAAAUUGUUAACUCAGAUGAUCCCCUACAACUUGAGGCUGCUAAUGGCACAGAGAUGCCGUACAUAGGUUGGGUAGAAGUAAUGUUUAAACUAGCAGCUGGUCCGGAAGAGUUCUAUGUACCGAUGCUUGUUAUGAGAGGCAGCCAUCUUCCCCGUCCCAUUAUAGGCUUUAAUGUUAUUGAACAUAUUAUUAACAGACAGAAACAAAUGAAUUAUGAGGAGACAGAGGAACUUUUAAAAACAGUGAACAUGGCUUUCCCAAAUCUAAAAAAAGGGAAUGAAAAAGCUUUCAUUAAAGCAGUGAGUGUGGAGCGAACUAGUGAAUACCUAGUUAAAACAGCAUGUCAGAGGAUGACUGUACCAAGCCGUAGUACCGCCCAAGUGAAAUGCAGAAUAAAUGUUCGACCUUUCAAAGAAGACACCACUCUAGUGUUUGAGCCAGAUGAAAACCCACUGUGGCCAGAGGGACUUCAGUUUUGUGACACACUCUUUCGAGUACACAGAGGUGCACAGCCCGAUGUUAUCCUUAGUGUACAAAACCCCACUGAUCGUGACAUUACACUAACAAAAAGAACAGUUAUAGGCACAGCACAGUCAGUUACAUCUGUGUAUCCAUUUAGCCAAAGCGACGAUUCACGUUUGUCUGCUUCUGUAAAUCAGAUUCAGACUCAUCAUACCAAAGAUGACGCUCCCACAGAACCCUGGGAUCCACCGAUUGAUCUCAGUCACCUGAAUGAGACUCAAAGACAGAUCGUACAUGAGAUGUUAAGGGAGGAGUCAGAUUCUUUCUCCCGAUCAGACAGUGAUAUUGGCUGCAUAGAGAAACUUCAGUUAAAAAUUAAACUGAAAGAUUCUGAACCAGUCGCUCGUGCUUACAUGUCUGUUCCUAAACCAUUGUAUGAGGAAAUGAAGAACCACUUAACUGAUUUGAUUGCGCAAGGAUGGAUUGAGAAAUCUCACUCAUCCUAUGCUUCCCCCAUUGUCUGCGUUAGGAAAAAGUGUGGUUCGUUGCGUUUGUGCAUUGACUACAGAGAACUAAACCGAAAGACUUACCCUGACCGACAGCCAAUCCCCAGAGUUCAGGAUAUUAUGGAUGGACUUGGUGGAAACACCAUGUUCUCACUGCUUGACCAGGGAAAGGCGUACCACCAGGGGUUCAUGGCGAAAGACAGUAAGGAGUUGACAGCUUUUGUCACGCCCUGGGGCUUAUAUCAAUGGGCCAGGAUUCCAUUUGGACUUAUGAAUGCCCCAGCAGCCUUCCAACGCUGCAUGGAAGAGUGCCUAGAAGGGCUGCGUGACAAAAUAUGUGUCCCAUAUUUGGAUGAUACACUAGUUUUUAGUAAAACAUUUGAGAGUCAUGUUAAUGAUGUUCGAACCGUUUUGCAAAGACUCAGACAACAUGGGAUAAAACUAAAACCCAGCAAAUGUGAGCUGUUUAAGAAUGAAGUCCGUUACCUCGGGAGGAUUGUAUCAGCAGAGGGAAAUAAGAUAGAUCCUUCUGACACUGCAGCUGUCCAGGUUUUAAAAGACAAAGAACCAAAAACAGUCGGUGAGUUGAGGCAAAUUUUGGGACUGUUAAGUUAUUACCGUCAGUAUAUCAAAGAUUUCUCCCGCAUUGCUGCCCCUCUGUAUGACCUAACCAAGGGGUCCAUUAAAGAUCCGAACCAGUCGUGCUGUAAGGGGAGGAAGUCACAAAACUGCAGGAAUGCAAAAAUAGUGCCAUCCCACACUCCAAUUGAAUGGACAGAUAGUCACCAACAAGUUCUUGAGCAACUGACAAAUUGUCUGACUCAGCCACCCAUAUUGGCCUUUCCAGAUUUUUCUCUCCCAUUCGUUCUUCAUACAGACGCAUCCAGUAAGGGUCUUGGAGCUGUACUGUAUCAAAAACAAAACGGAAAGUUGCGCGUUAUUGCAUAUGGAUCACGAACACUGUCAGCACCAGAAAAAAAUUAUAAUCUUCAUUCAGGCAAAUUAGAAUUUCUUGCUCUUAAAUGGGCUAUCACAGAGAAAUUUCGCGAUUAUUUGUACUAUGCCCCCUUUUUCACCGUUUACAGUGACAACAACCCCCUAACUUAUGUGUUAUCAACUGCAAAGCUGAAUGCCACAGGGAGUAGAUGGGUUGCAGAACUCGCCGACUUUAAUUUCACAGUUAAAUAUCGUCCGGGCAAAGAAAACAUUGAUGCUGAUAGCUUGUCUCGGAUGCCACUUGAUGUAGAGAACUUGAUGGCUGAGUGCACAGAGGAGAUGUCUUAUGAUGCUGUAGAAGCGACUGUAAUGGCAGUAGAGACACAGUUCGAGCCAAAUGCCUCCUGGUCAAUGCCUACCUCUAUUUGCAGUAUGCGAGACACUCAGGGGAACUCUGUUUCAUUACCUCCAGCAGCUAUACAACAAGAUCAGAAAGAUGAUUUACUGAUCGGGGUGGUUUUGCAGUCCAAAUUGUCUGGAGUGAGACCCCCACGACAAGAACUAAACAAGCUUGGGCCACAGGGUCGGUGUUUAGUAAGGGAAUGGGAUAAAUUGGAGUUGGAUGAAUCUGGGGUGCUUUGGAGAAAGACUGCCCACAGGAAGCAAUUGGUUCUUCCAGAACAACACAAAGCAAGGGUCCUAAAUGACCUACACGAUCAGAUGGGCCAUCAGGGCACCGAUAGGACAGUGUCAUUGAUCAGGGAUCGUUUUUUCUGGCCCUACAUGCAGCGCGAAAUAGAACAGUAUGUAAUGAAAUGCACCUGUCUGAAACAGAAAAGACCUAGCCGUGAGACAAGAGCUCCCCUUGUAAACAUAGUCACCACACAGCCCUUUGAACUUGUGUCAGUGGACUUUCUCCAUCUAGAUAAGUGUAAAGGUGGCUAUGAAUACAUAUUAGUGAUUGUGGAUCAUUUUACACGAUUCGCACAGGCAUACCCUACAACUUCAAUAUCUGGAAAGACAGUAGCUGACAAAAUAUUCAAUGAUUAUGCACUAAGAUUUGGGUUCCCAGCACGGAUCCACCAUGACCAAGGUGGCGAGUUUGAAAACCAACUUUUCUCUCAGCUCUCCAAAUAUUGUAAUAUGGCAGGAUCAAAGACUUCCCCAUACCACCCUCAGGGAAAUGGUCAAGUCGAACGCUUUAAUCGGACACUGAUUCAGAUGCUGAAAACCCUCACAGACAGGGACAAGACAAACUGGAAAGACUCUCUGAAUAAACUCAUCUUUGCCUAC